AGUUGUGGCAUAAUAAGUGUGAUACUUGGUAAUAAGCUGCAAAAAAUAAAGAAAAUGGAGGCUACUCGCAGCUUAUACAUUAGAGCAAAGCCAUUUCUGGCUGUUAUAUUUCUCCAAAUUGGGCUUGCAGGAAUGGAUAUUCUCUCAAAGGUUGCACUCAACCGUGGGAUGAGCAACUAUGUUCUUGUUGUCUAUCGCCAUGCCGUUGCUACUUUUAUCAUCGCUCCGUUUGCUCUUGUAUUAGACAAGAAAGUAAGGCCUAAGAUGACCGUAUCAAUUUUCAUCAAGUUGUUGCUUCUAAGUCUACUUGAGCCUGUUAUUGACCAAAACCUGUAUUACAUGGGUAUGAAGUACACGUCUGCGACAUUUGCAGCAACGAUGGUUAACAUUCUCCCUGCAAUAACAUUUCUAAUGGCAUGGAUUAUGAGACUUGAAGUGGUGAAGUGUAGAAGCCUCCGUAGUCAAGCAAAGAUAGUAGGAACAGUGGCGACCGUUGGCGGGGCGAUGAUGAUGACACUAGUAAAAGGACCAGCUCUUACAUUUUUGUCAAAAAAUAGCGUAACUGAUCAUGGUGCAAAAUCACUAGAUAUUAGUGUUCAUGACGCAAUUAAAGGUUCCAUUAUGAUCACUAUUGGUUGCUUUAGUUGGGCUGCUUUUGUCAUUCUUCAGGCUAUAACUUUAAACACAUAUCCAGUCGAGUUAUCUCUUACAGCAUGGAUAUGUUUGUUGGGCACAUUAGAAGGUACCGCGGUUGCACUAGUUAUGGAGAAGGGAAGAUCCCAUGUAUGGGCAAUUGGAUGGGAUGCCAAUUUAUUAGCUGCGGUUUAUAGUGGUAUAUUUUGUUCGGGAUUGUUAUAUUUUAUUCAGGGAGUUGUAAUGAAAGAAAGAGGACCGGUUUUUGUCACGGCUUUCAGUCCUUUGUGCAUGGUCAUUGUUGCUAUUUUGAGCACCUUCUUAAUGGCGGAAAAGAUGUAUCUUGGAAGGGUAUUUGGUGCCAUUGUAAUUGUAGUAGGCUUGUACAUGGUUAUUUGGGGAAAAGGCAAGGAUUAUGACACUCACACUCCACCACUUGAUGAAGAUAAAACAACAGACCAAAACAUUAGCACACAAAUACAAUUACAAGGUCAAGUUGAAGAUGUCAACAACAAUUCUCAUUGGUUGCAUAUUAAUCAAGAUCAUAUUCAUGUAUAGCUUUGAUAUAUUUGGACUAAUUAUCAACAAAGUAACCCAUUAUUUCUGA